UAACCGAAGAGACUCACAGUCUAGCCGGCACAGAUGACGUCAUCGCACCCGUCUCUCAGAAUGCUUUAUCCCAGCGGUCAAACAACGUCACCGGUAGCUGGUCACUUUCUUCAAGUUGGUUUCAUUAUUUAUCGACCGAAAUACAUGUAUGUGAUGAAACUGGUUACUUGUUUCACUCCAGAGACUACAAAACGCAGAGAGAUCUCUUGGCCGUCCAAAAGCACAGCCAUUCGGUCGGCUUGGUCAGUAGACUUGAGCAGCUGUGCUCCGUGUCUUCAGUCAUGGGACGGGGAAGACUUUAAAAGUCUUCAAAUGCCUCCAAGAGUAAACUCAAAACCAGAGUUUCUGACCUGUAGUACACAGUAGUAGCUGGGUUCUCCUCUGCUCAUGGGCUAGUGUUGCGGGUGAUUUGCUAACAUGUUAAAGGAUGCUUUGGCAUCAGUUCUUCUGUAUAAUGUCCGUUGUCGUACGGUAUCCGAGCUGCCGCCUAUCAGGAACGCUGGGGCUCAGGCGAACUGAAGUUCGUUUCACUCCGAUGCGGAUGCCAAGUUAGCAAAGCAGGACCGAGGCCCCUCGCCCCGAGCGCGGAGAUGGGGCUGCGGUCUGCGACUGUACCCCGUGACUCUACUCGCACCUGUCCGAGGUGCUGAAACACGCCCCAGCGCCGGGGGAUUCACGAGCAGCGCGAGUGGACAGGGGCCUCCACUCGGCCUGGACCGCUGCGGGGUGUCCCUUACUCUGGGCAACAAGGCUGAGAACAGCAACCGCACAGUCCUACAACAGUAACUCGCGUAGAUGGGUGUGUUCGUUUUAUUAUCAUUGCGAGUUCCCAUGCUUACACCGGGGGUGUGAUCGUAUUAUCUUUUUUUCCUGCCCUCAUGAUUGCUCUUGCGACUGGAGCAACGCCUCUCUUAGAAACCAGGACAGUUUGGGUUUUUUUUUUAACCCAGUCGCUCCUUAUGAUGCGACUUACGGCUCCGCUUCUUUCAACACGAUCGUACCAAUAAAAAGAAGGCUUUGCGCACAGCUGAAGACUUUACGAAGACAAACCGGAGACAGAUACGGGAGUAGAAAUGUUGGUGGCCAAUUUGUAAUGUGAAAAUCUGAAAAAAAAGAAACUCUGAUGUGAGGGACGCCGAGGACAAGCCCUUGCCUGAGCCGUGCGCGCUGUGAGAUAAUAAAAAAACGCCAAGAGCAAGACUGAGCGCCGGCUUCUCUGGGAUGAUAAGCAGAGCCCCUCGAAGCGCGUGUUAUGUGCUCACUGAAGCCCCUCCACUGGAUUGAACCAUUCCCGCGAGGGAGCAUGUCUUAAAGGACAGAGCGCUCCCUGCCCGUCAGACCACUCCGAUCUCUCCCCACCCAGCGGCUGGCCACGGGUCCGGAGGAUGAGGCGCUAGGGAGUCCGACAGCUCCUCACGCACCCACAGGGGAUAAAAAGCGGACACCCGCGGGCUGCCUGGGGGACGUGAGAGGGGGGUAUUUCCCCAACUUGAUGAUGGAGAAUUCCAGCGCUGCAGCAACCGGCCAGUUUGCGCCCGAACGCUUCGCGGAAUUUUUAAACUUGAAGGAAAGCGAGAUGAACACCACGCGUGUCGCGGGUGGCCCCCCAGAGGGGCUCCCCGGCGAUGGAGGGAUAGCCACCGGGGAUCCGGUGUCCAUCCUGGCCAGCACGGUGAGGACCGCCGCCCUCGGGGCGUGGGCGGCAGACGGACCGUCCGCUCCCCCGCCGCCGGGCUCGGCCGGGCUGAUGGUGGCCUUCUGGGAUUCGCCCCUGAGCCACGGGAUCAACGUGUUCGUGGGCAUCGUGCUGUGCUUCACCAUGCUGGGCCUGGGGUGCACAGUGGAGGUCAGCCACCUGGGAGAGCACAUCCGCAGACCCGUCGGGGUCCUGCUGGCUCUGGUGUGCCAGUUUGUCAUCAUGCCGCUGGUGGCCUUCCUGCUGGCCCUCGCCUUCUCCCUGGACGACGUGGCGGCCAUCGCCGUCCUCCUGUGCGGCUGCUGCCCUGGCGGGAACCUGUCCAACAUCAUGUCCCUCCUGGUGGACGGCGAGAUGAACCUCAGCAUCAUCAUGACCAUCUCCUCCACGGUGCUGGCCCUCGGGCUGAUGCCUCUGUGCCUGUGGAUCUACAGUCGCGCGUGGAUCAACACCCCCGUGGUGAACCUGAUGCCCUUCGGAGCCAUCAUCCUGACCCUCUGCGGCACCCUCAUCCCCAUCGGCCUGGGGGUCUUCCUCAGGUACCGCUGCAACAGGGCCGCUGACGUCAUCUUAAAGGUAUCUCUGUGGUCCUUGCUGGUGACUCUGGUCAUCCUCUUCAUCCUGACCGGAACCAUGCUGGGACCCGAGCUGCUGGCCACCGUCCCGGCCUCCGUCUACGCGGUGGCCGUGCUGAUGCCCCUGGCCGGCUACGGCGCCGGCUACGGCCUCGGGGUGCUCUUCGACCUGCCCCCCAACAGCCGGAGGACCGUGUCCCUGGAGACCGGCUGCCAGAACGUGCAGCUCUGCACGGCCAUCCUCAAGCUGGCCUUCCCCCCGCAGCUCAUCGGCGGCCUGUACAUGUUCCCCCUGCUCUACGCCCUCUUCCAGGCGGCGGAGGCCGGCCUGUUCAUUCUGGGGUACAGGGUCUACCGGCGGGACGUGCUCCGCAAGCAGGAGCCCACGGGGGAGGGCGACGACGACACCGACAUCACGUACAGGAAGCUGAAGGAAGAAGACGCCGGGGCAGACGCGGCGUACGGAGCGGUGACCGUACACGAAGCGGGCUCCCUGACGCUGCAGCCGCGCCACUGCGCUGCCCCGCUAUAACGGGACCCGGCCGGACAGAGCUCGGCACCGCCGGGGUCUCGCCCGAGUCUCCCUCGACUCCCCCAGAGGCCUCGUAUCGCCGUAAAGACAUGACCGAGAAAAGACGAUGUGCUGCUGACACGCUACACCCAAGACAGCAUAGCUCCCAGGUGAAAUGUACUUUUGGGAAAUAAAUCCACAGAAAUCAUCCAUAAAAGCGUUUUGAGGCCGCUGAAGCACCACAGUGUUUCAAGAGUAGGACAAGCUUGAGGAACACAAACCGAUAUACUCCAAAACCACCGAACAAUACAAAAUAAACUAUUUACGACUGUAAACUAAACUAUGUAAAUUGGCAUCGCUGAACAACGCUAUAUUAAACAUAUACAGUAUAUAUGCAUCCGAUCAUCUCUAUAAUAACAAGUUAACCUAACGCAUUUAUUCACAUAGUAUGCUGACAGAAGUUUAAGCUAUCUCUCCAUAUCACACAUUUCUGGAAUUAUUUCAAAAUGGGCAGAAGUGCUUUAAAAAAACGUUUUAGGAAAAGCCUCUAAUUAAAUGGAAAAAAAAACAAACAAAUCUGAUGUAGACGAGGUCGUUAUAGGGGUAGCUGAAGGGCACAAACUGGCGCUUUUGUCAAGUUACCGUCUAUAAAUUCUCAUUAUUAUUUUACAGGCAGUUCACUAGACUGCUGGAGCACAACAGACAAUUCAUUUGUCAUACCUGGUCCUCAAACUAGCGUGUCGGGAUUCACAAAAGGUGAUUUAAAUCAAUGAAAAGGUGCAGGCAGAGUCUUGGGUACAAAUCUGUUUCUAAAACUCUGGCUCAGAUUGAAGAAUAAAAGAACAGUUGCCGGCCAUGCGACCCAUUUAGUCUGCUCGGUAGUUAGUAGGUAACUGCUCCCAGGGUCUCAUCCCGUCAUUACUUGAAAGAAACCGGAGUACCGGCUUCAACAACAUGGCUGGGCAGCUUGUUCCACACUCCCACAACACUCCGUGUAAAGAAGUAACUCACGUUCUCGCUUUUAAAUGCGCUUCCAUGUUGCUUCCACGCGUGUCCUCUGGUGUGUUUCACUCUGAAUCCUGGAGACAUCCGCUGGGUCGGUCCUCAGUUCUUCAGCUCAUCGGUGCAGGAAUUCAUUCAUUCAUUAAACAGCUGCGUCUAUUCGCUAGCCUACGGAGAGGUCCUAAAGCAGCAAGAUCUAUUUUUGUAACGCGGUGACCAAAAUAAACACGGAAUUCCAAAUUCGGUUUCACUAGUAAACUGUACACAUUCAGUUCUGAGAUCCUAUAUAUAUAUAUCCUUAUACUUUGUUGUUUAUUGUAUUAUUUUUUUUACUUGCCCAUAUUCUCUAGGAGAUGUGAUGAAUGCACCUGUUCCCCAAACAAAAAAGAAUGCUUUCCGAUACCUGUGAUUUCAAGUCUAAAACGUUCACGAAGCAUCACAAGAGAGCACUCGGCGACAAAGUGUACAAAGAUGGCGUUUAGGCCUGUUAAGAAUAUUGUGGGUACAAAAAAAAAACAACUAAUAAAAAGCCAUUUGAAAACA